UGAACCAUCAACCCACUUCAAAAUUUCCAAACACACGCCGCCGCAUGCCCUACGACCUCUGGUCUCGGUGGAGGAGUUCCAAACUAGACCCGCGCACCCCAUCAUAGUCGCAUGAAUCAUCGCAUUGCUGCCCUCCAAAUUGCGCGAAUAAUCUCACUACUGCCCAUUCCUUCAUCGACAUCUUUCUUCAAUUCUGAAAAUCACAUGGAUCAUAUGUCGAGUUCGGAUAGUGAUGAAGUUGAGAUACUAAUGAGUAGAAACUGUCCACAAGUUAAAAAUGAAUGUAUUGAUGCUGAAAUUGUGGAAGAACAAUGUGAUGUGAAUGUGAGAGAUGGAUUGGAUGUUGGAGAUGGUGUGAAUAUGGAAGAUCAUGUAGAUAAAGUGAACUUGGAAGAUAGAGUGAAUGUAGGAGAUGGAGAUGGAGUGAAUGUGGAAGAUGGAGAUGAAGUCAUUGUGAUUUCCAAUCAGCAAAAAAAAAUGCGUUGUAGCAUUUACAAGAUUGAGGGUCAUGCAAAGAACAAAUGCCAUUCAAUGAUGUAUAGUACUUAUUAA